ACUGCCGCCAUGUCGGAGGAAGAAGAGGCGAUCGUGGAGGCUGAAGAGAUCAUUCGCUGCCAGAGGAUCUUUCUGAGCCGGCUGGACUCUUUUGGCGGCCGCAACAUCGGGAAAUACUUGUCCACCUGUGUUGUUGGAGCAGCUCUGGAAGAAGUUACAGAGGAAGAGGAAGAAGAAGAUGAACCUCGAUCAGAACUUCUAUCAGCUAAACCAAAGGAAGGAAUAUACCAAAUAGUGGGAACGGUUUCAGAGACAGAGAGUGGGAAAACAGAUUUUGCUCAAGAAAUAUACAUUAGACCUUCUCGAGAUGAGCUGCUAGUCCGCCUGAAAGAGUGUGAUGUCAUAAUUUAUAACAUCACUGAAGAUGAAAGCCAGAUUGAAGAAGCAACUUGGGCAGCUACAGCCCUGCAUGAGGAUGCUCGAAACAAUUUUGAGAAGCAGAAAGGAGUGUUCAUUCACUAUCCACCAUCGUUGGCCUGGGCUGAAGCAAAACCUCUUGAUCCGGAUGAUCCAGAAAUACCUUUCACGGAAGAAGACUAUCGCCGAAGAAAACCUCACCCGAACUUCAUGAACCACAUCAAUGCUGAAAAAGUUAUUCUCAAACUUGGGAAAACUAACAAAGCCAAAUUUGCAACGUAUGUUGUAGCUUCAGGUGUCCAGUAUGGAAUGGAAGAAAGAAUUUUUCACUACUUUUUUAAGUUGUCUUGGCUUGGUGAGACUCCUGCAAUACCAUAUUUCGGUGAUGGAAAAAAUUUUCUCCCAACCAUUCACAUUCAAGACUUGGCAGCUGUGUUACAGAAUAUAGCGGAUCACAGGCCAAGGGUUUACUAUCUCGUCGCAGUGGAUGAAUCAAUACAGACUCUGGGUGAAAUUGUCAAGAGCAUCAGCAAACAUCUUGGCCCAGGAAAAACGCUGAAGGUCCCAAAAGAAAAUGCUUUCCUGUGUAAAGAUUUAACGCAAACCCAGUUGGAUGAACUCCUUGUGAAUCUGCGAAUGGAAGCCGUAUUCUUGAAAGAGAAUUUCAACAUUAAGUGGGUCGCUCAGAACGGACUAUUGGAGAGUAUCGAUCAAAUCAUUGCAGAGUACAAGCGAAGUCGAGGGUUGCUGCCAGUCAAAAUUUGCAUACUUGGUCCCACAGGAGUAGGGAAGACAUCUGUUGCAGAAAAGCUGUGCAAACACUACAAGCUGCACCACAUUAAGAUAAAGGACGUGAUCGCCAAGGCCAUUGAAAAUUUGGAGAACAUUAUUGCUCCUAAACCAAUAGAGUCCCUUGAACUGGAAGAGGAGGAGGAAGAGGAGGAGGAAGAGGAGGCAGAAGAAGAAAGCGAUAAUGUAGAAGAAGCACAAGAAUUAUUAGACACAAUUAAAGAAAACAUGGAGCAAAACGGAGGUCGUCUGGAUGACAGCUACGUGAUUAAGUUCAUGAAGGAAACACUAAAGUCAAUGCCAUGUAGGAAUCAAGGGUAUGUUUUGGAUGGGUUUCCGAAAACCUAUGAGCAGGCAAAGGACCUUUUUAACUUUGAAGAGGAAGAAGAAGAGGAGGAUAUGAAAGGCAAGAUGCAUAACUUUGACAAAGUAAUCAUUCCUGACCAGGUCAUUUUCUUGAAUGCCUCUGAUGAGUUCCUCAAGAACCGAAUAAUGAAUCUUCCCGAAAUCGUCGUCGCCGGAACCCAUUAUGUUCAGGACCGGUAUUUGAGAGCCCUGAGUAAUUUCCGGGAGAUGAAUGUUGACGAUGAAACUGUCCUCAACUAUUUUGAUGAACUCGAAAUACACCCACAUCAUAUUGAUGUCCCAAAGUUUGAGGAUCUGGAAAACAGGCUUAUAGUGAAGGAAAUCACCAAGGAAGUUGGGGAGCCUCGAAAUUACGGGUUGACAGAUGAAGAGAAAGAAGAACUUGAGCGGAAGCAAGCUGAAGAGCGUCUGGCCAAAGAGGCGCAAGAGAAAGCCGAGCUGGAGCGCAAAGAAGCUGAGGAGAGGGCUCAGAAACUGACCAACUGGGAAGAGUGGAAUAAACGUUUGGAGGAAGUGAAGCGGCAGGAACAGGAACUUCUGGAGGCUCAGUCCGCCCCCUUGAGAAACUAUUUGAUGAAGCAUGUCAUGCCCACUCUGAUGCAAGGCCUGAACGUGUGCUGCAUGAUCAGGCCAGAUGACCCAGUGGAUUUUCUGGCCGAAUAUCUCUUCAAGAACAAUCCUGAAUUUGAAUAAGAAAUGCACCAACACAUUGCAUUAGAAGCUGUAGUCAUUCCAUGAUCCAGCUCCUUCUAAUUUACUAUUAUUGUUGUAAAAUGGGGGGGGGGGGGGGGUUGAUGCUGAAAUAAA